GGCAUAAGUAANCAUUCGGUCCGACCGAUCCCGAUUGUCCUCUCUGAUACCACUCCUGCACCUUUUCGCGAUGCACUGUGGAUCCAAAUCCCGCUGCGCGGGUCCGAUUCUCUCCUACUCGGUGUGGUCUACCGUAGCCCCUCGAGUCCCCCUGAAGAUGACCAAUUCCUCAUACAAACCCCUGAGCAACUCUCCUCAAACUACCACUUCACUCAUCUCCUGCUGGGCGUCGAAUCAAGCGGACUUUUUGCAGCGGCACUGAUUGAAGUCGUUCAACAGAGUGCUUGGACUCAACAUGUCGUUGCCCCCACCAGAUACCGCGCAGGCCAACUGACAUUCCUCCUGGACUUCAUCAUCACUAACGAAAGACACUUCGUUGAUCAGGUUUUCACUGCCAACGAUUUGGCCGACGAAGGUGAGAUCGGACGUGGUGCUUUUGGUUUUGUCAACCGCAUGCUACAUAUACCCACUGGAUCUGUGAUGGCUGUCAAGCGUAUGCGCUCAACUCUGAACGAGAGUGAACAAACGAAAACGUUGAAAGAUUUAGAUGUUGUAAUGCACUCCUCUAAUUGCCCUUUUAUUGUUCGGUUCUACGGUGCGCUUUUUGAAGAAGGUGAUUGUUGGAUCUGCAUGGAAAUGAUGGCCACAUCUCUGGACAAAUUUUACAAAUUUGUUUAUCGCUACUUACUCUCGCGAAUUCCCGAAGGGAUUUUGGCCAAAAUAGCCGUUGCGCCUGAGUUCACCACAUCCAGUGGUGUCCGGCAGGACUGUCCUCCUUCACCUUUCCCCUCUAAUGCCUGUGGGGUCGAAGUGCUCCCGGGGCGUCUGCUCACAGAUAUCAACGACUCAGUCGACAUAGCUCUUCUGGGAUAUGGCCCUGUGGUAAUGCAAACAAUACUAAAUAAUCUAAAUAAUUCUGCCCCACGGUUCGGCAUGCGCUUCACACCUGCAAAGUGUAAAGUGCUACUGCAAGACUGGGUGGGCUCGAACCCUAGCCUCAUGCUUGCGGAUGAACCGAUUGAGACCAUUGCGGCGUUGGAUUAUUUGAAGGUUGAACUGAAGGUGAUUCACAGAGAUGUCAAGCCGUCAAACAUUCUGAUCGACCGAAAAGGCAAUAUCAAGUUAUGUGACUUCGGAAUAUCCGGUGAACUGGUUGAUAGUAUCGCCAAGUCUCAUGACGUUGGCUGCAAACCCUAUAUGGCACCCGAACGGAUUCAUCCUAACCUCAGUGCAAAUGGAUACGACAUUCGUUCGGAUGUCUGGAGCUUCGGUAUUACCAUGGUUGAAUUGGCCACUGGUCAGUUCCCCUAUCCAGCUUGGAACUCUGUGUUCGAACAGUUGACCUGUGUUCUCAACGGAGAUCCACCUUGUCUCCCGGAGCGGUUACCAUCAUUUUCCCGGUUACAUCUGUCCGACUCCACCACUACAGUUAGCGAGGUCGAUACAAAAAUGGAAUCCGGUGGAUUAGAUGACUCCAGUGAAUCGGAUUUUUCUUCAGAAUUUCGAGAUUUUGUUUCCCAAUGCCUACAAAAGGAUGUGCGAUCACGGCCAAAAUAUCACACCCUCAUGAACCAUGCAUUCUACCAACGAGGUCUCUCCGAAAAGGUCGACGUUGGCGCUUACUUUUGCACAACCCUGGACAAGGUUCCGCUGGAUUUGAAUUUGAACGAAUUUGUUUCGCAACCCAGCUGAUCAGCUUUUUGCGGAUACUGUAUCACUGAUUUCGUGUAAAUCUUCCUGGUUUGGCCCGGUUCAAUGACCGCACACCAUUGAUUGGUGCCUAAUCGUUUUUUCGCUUUCCACCAGCGAAGCUCACAACCGACACUUCGCUUCACUCCAUUCCAGUGUUCUAAGGAAGUCUUUUGCAUCGUUUGACUCAUCGAGCUGAUUCGCCAUACCCACUGUCCAGUUUAUUUUCCGGCCCCCAUUCUUUCAUCAUUUUAGGCGUUGAUAUACAAUGAGAUUUUUAUUAUCAGGUGUGGGGCCAGGUGUCAUUAGCACUUGAACUCUACCCUUCCUAUUAAGUAUCUUAUCAAUCGGGCUUUUCGAGACAACGUUUAAUCACGCAACCCUUCUGUACUUACAUUACAUCACUUAAGACCACUCCCUCUGUCUUUUUGCGCACAAUACUCCAGCUAAUUUCUCAUGCAUUACCAAUGAAUCCUCAGGCUGCAAAUUCCUGCAAUUCUUC